AUGACUGAUGCUAUUGACUGUGUAAUUUAUCCUUUAACGUAUUGUGUAAAUAAAUCUCUAGAUGAAAAUAAGUUCAAUGAGAAACUAAAAAUUUCUAGAGUUGUGCCCGUAUAUAAAAAAGUUGAAAAGAACUGUCCCACUAGCUAUAGGCUCAUAUCCAUAACUCCUUUUUUUCUAAACUUUUUAAACACUAAUUUUGGGUUCAGGGAAGGUAAAUGUACAACUGACUCAAUGAAUUCACAAGUAAAAUUUGUCCUAGUUGUGUUCGAGGCUUGGGACUAUGCUCCGGCUAUGUUUUGUGACCUGAGCAGAGCUUUUGAUUGUGUGGAGCAGGGCUUCCCAACAAAAUUUUCUCAAGGACCCCCUCAUCGAACAUGA